AUGGUCAUAGGAAGUUUACCAGGGGCCAGGAGCCCGUGCGCGGUGGGAGUGACAGCUGGCCCGGCCCGCACCUCCCUGCCCUCCCGACUCCGGCCGCGGCCGCCCCCACCCGCCAUCCCUGCCAGAGAACCGCGGAGGGGUGGCAGGAGAGCACCGGGCUCCCAGAGCUCCGGCCGCAGGCCUCUGGGCGCCGCGCCGGCGACGGCGAGAGCAAGGGAGGGAAAGCUCCGCGAGGGGCCCGGGCCGGGCCGAGCCGAGCCGAGCCCAGCCGGGAGGGCGGGCCGAGCCGGGCCCGCCGCCUCCGCCACCCGAGAAAAUGGAGGCAGCCCGGGGCCGGUGACGGGCCGGGGCAGGCGGAAGCCGGGCGGGCGUCCGCGCCGCGAGCAGGGCCGGGCCGGGGGUCACUCACGGGGCUGGGCCGGGCGGCUCCCUCUCCGCCUCCGCGUCGUCGCCGUCCCCGUCCUCGGCCGCCGCCGCCUCGGGCUGCUCGCUCGGUCCCCGCGGGGCGGCACGGGCGCUCGGCCCCUCCGUUGUCUUCCGCCUGCUCCUGCUCCCGGCGACGGGCUCCCGCGGCAGCGGCGGCGGCGGCUGAGCGGGCGGACGGCGGCCCAGGGGCUCCCGCGGCGGCCGCCGCACUGCUGCGCUCGCUCGCUCGGGCUGCGGCUGCGGCUGCUGCUGCGGGGCCCGGCGCCGCCUUCGCCUUCGCCUUUUAGCCGGCUUCUGGAAGCUCAGUCUCUCCCAGGCCGCGCCGCUCCCAGCUCCCGGCCCGAGCCCGGCUUUGACGUACGCACUGCGCAGCCGCCGAGGGCGCGACGUCGGGCGGUGCCGCAACGCCCCCUUCAGCCUCGGGCGCCCCCGGGCGGCCGGGCGGACUCGAGCCACCGGAGUCGGUCCCGAGGCCGAAGCAGAGGGGGACGCCGAGAAAAAACAGCAGCAGCGGAGGACGCGAGGUCUUUCCCCUGCCACUUUAAAUGUUGGUGCUCAGCCCUUCUUUGUCGGUCUCGGCUCUCUUCCCGGAGGAACCCUACGUCUGCUUUCUACGACCACUUCCUCAACUCUUCACAAAGCCUUGUUUCUGCUAAAAGCUUUAUUUUUGUUAUUCGCUAUUCUCGGUGGUGGCCAGUGAACGAAACAGUCCCUGCUCCUGAGACAACCAAUAAACAAAGAAACCAGCACAUAUAUGUCAUUGGAUGUUUCCAGUGCUAUGGAGAAGCUAAGGAGGGGAGAGAACGGAAGAUGUUGUUACAGCACUCCUGCAAGGAGAAGCUGCUUGAAGAAAGAGCGUGCUGUGGGCUUCGUGUUAUGGAAAGGCAGAGGGAACAGCAAGGAUGAAGGCCCUGAGCCCCAGGAAGACCUCCCUUUGGUGGCAGCCUGCGCCUUACCCCUGACGGUCCCACUGAAGCAACUACUGCGACUACCCCCGAGACUCUACUCAGCCCCACUGUGACUUAACCCUGUUGACAACCACCCUUUCAACAGUUCAAGAUGCUGAGGAUCCAUGUAUAUAGUCACAGUCUCCACGCAGCUUCUGCACACCCCAGCGCAUCCAGCCCAAGCAAUUCCAAAUUCUCUGCGCGCUUUCCCAGCCACCCCCAGGAUCUCGCCAGUACAUUUCCAGCCAUUACAGGAACCAGCUGAGGGAGAGCUACUGACUAAGCAGGAAGCAAGUUUCAGAUUAAAGGAGAUAAAAAUUACUUUCAAAAUAUAUAAAGUAUCAACAGUGUAACAUGUUCAUUAAAAGUGUCUAUUGUCGUGGCGUCUGGGUGGCUCAGUCGGUUAAGUAGCAGACUUUGGCUCAGGUCAUGAUCUUGCGGUUCAUGAGUUCGAACCCCGCGUCGGGCUCUGUACUGACAGCUCAGAGCCUGGAGUCUGCUUCGGAUUCUGUGUCUCCCUCUCUCUCUGCCCCUCCCCCGCUCACACUCUGUCUCUCGC